AUGGCAUUGCUGUCCGUUGCGCAAAUAACUAGUCAAGUUCGCAAUGCCAUUGCUAAUAAUGCAGCCGUCUCAAGUUUUUUCCCGAGCCAACGCAAGGUGAUUAUUGCAGACAAAAAGGACGAAAAGAAGAAGGCAGUAUUACAAGAAAAGCCCGAGAUUGUUGUAUAUCCUCGUCGUAUCAAGGCAAUCGAAAAGAUCAUUGUGACUUUGGCUGAUACGACUACACAGCAAUUAACAGGAGGUAUUUCGGCCUUAGAUAUGCCCGUGACACCACACUAUGUAGCCCCUAGAGCGCCUAUUGUAUUAUGUCAUGGACUUUACGGAUUCGAUAAAAUUGGACCUGAUGCUUUACCACUAUUACAAGUUCAAUAUUGGGGUGGUAUUGAAAAUGCAUUGGCCAAACUAGGCGCAAAAGUGAUUGUAACCAAAGUCCCUUCCACCGGCAGCAUUUUAGAAAGAGCUCAAACUUUGCAUGCAAUUUUGAAAUCAAUUUUAGACGGAAAAGAAGUGAACUUUAUUGCUCAUUCAAUGGGUGGAUUAGACUGUAGAUAUCUUAUUUCACAUAUUCCAGAUAGACCAUACAAAGUGAAUUCGUUGACAACCAUAUCCACACCACAUCGAGGAUCACCUGUGAUGGAUUGGUUUAGAGAUAAUGUAGGCGUUGGUAUGGCGGGAUCUAUACUUGCGAAUGCAGCCAACAAUAAAUUAUUAAGAGACCCAUCCUUUAUGGAGCCAUCUUCAUAUGCGGCAGACAAGUUUAAUCAACAGCAUCAUAAAUGGUCAUUACUUGCCGAACUAGCCAAAAAUUCACCUAAAUUUGACCCCGUGGUGAAGAAGAUGAUCAGCUUAGUGGAUACAGCAGCCUAUGCGAAUUUAACCACCGACUACUGCACCAACUCAUUUAACCCCAAUACGCUCAACGAUCCCAAUGUAUCCUAUUAUUCAUAUGGAGCCAGUGCAACAUUUCCAAGGUGGUCAUUAUUAAAUAUGCCAUAUAAAUGGACCAAAGAGAAAGAAGGGGAGAAUGACGGACUUGUAAGUGUGAAGAGUGCACAAUGGGGUAAAUAUAUCAAGACCUUGGAUGCCGAUCAUUGGGAUCUGAAUGGACAAAGGUGA